GGAAACGAAGGCAGCCAAGCGGCGCGGCGGCUUCCGCUCCUCCGCGUCGGGGAGGGCUCCGGCUGACCGCGAUGCUGAAGGCCAAGAUCCUGUUCGUGGGGCCCUGCGAGACAGGGAAAGUCGCCUCAAGCACAACACAAAACUGAGGAAGCCUUAAAAGAGAUGACAGCGAAGUUAAGCCUGGAGAAAGCAUCUGCAAAAUACAUUACAAAGAAAGAAUAGGUAGCAAGCACGAGGGAAGUCUCCAAAUCAGUAAAGAGAACUCAACAGAAAACCGAGCAGAAUCUGUGCACAUGAGUACAACUGGCCAAGUGGAAAAACCGUUUUGGCCAACUUCCUGACAGAAUCUUCUGACAUCACCGAAUACAAUCCGACCCAGGGAGUAAGGAUCCUGGAAUUUGAGAACCCGCACGUCACCAGCGACGACAAAGGCACGGCGUGUGAAUUUGAGCUGUGGGAUUGUGGCGGUGACCCCAAUGCUGCCUUGCAGGUUCGAGUCUUGCUGGCCAGCCCUGAUGAAGGAUUCCCACGGGGUGGUGAUCAUCUUCAAUGCCGACACCCCAAGCCACCUGAAGGAAAUCGACAUGUGGUAUUCCUGCUUCGUCCAGCAGCAGCUCCUGCAGGACACUCAGUGUCUGUUGAUCGCACACCACAAACCAGGCUCCGGAAGUGAUAAAGGAAACCUGUCUUUGUCACCCCCCUUGAACAAGCUGAAGCUGGUGCACUCGAACCUGGAGGAUGACCCUGAAGAGAUCAGGGUGGAGUUCAUAAAGUAUUUAAAGAGCAUAGUCAAUUCAGUGUCUGAAAGCAGAGACCGGGAGGAGAUGUCGAUUAUCACGUGACCAGCCUUCAUCCGGACUCUUCCGCGUUGCAGAUGGGGUCAGCUCAUUUCCCAGUGCACAUCUAGAAUCUCGUCCAGCUAUUGAUGUGUCCUUCCCGUGGCCGUAGAAGAGCUUUUCCUUGUCUGCUCUAAGGUACCAGUCUACCAGGGAGUUGACUCCUACCGUUCGUUCUCUAUCCUUCGUUCAGUUGAGAAAAUCCUAUUGUCAAAUUCUGAUUCCUUUGCCCCAGAUCUCUCCAAGAGCUGGAAAGCUGAGGUGUUUUUCUUUCCUCUUCCUAGACAUCAAGAGGAACUAUAAGUGUCCGAGCCAAACGAUACAAUAGUAGUUUCAUUCGUGUGUGUUGGUUUGAAUGGGAUUUUCAUUCCUUAAUUCACUCAACAAAUACCGACUUGUCGUGUUACACUGUUCGAGCCGCCGACCACAUACAGCAUGAACAAAACAUAAAAAUCUCCACCCUCGUGGAACUGCCAUUCUGUUCCUCUAGAUAGUGGCGAGGUUGAGUUCAGAAUUUAAGUACUGCGCCUUAGACACGGGGAAAAGUUACGGAUUCUGGAUUUUCUGUAAUUGGUCUAAAGCCCACACUCCCAUCCUCCUAGAUAAUGGGGAGACCUGGACCACACUUGAGGCCAGAGAAAGGUACAGUUGACCCUCAUUCAUGGGUUCUGCAUUUGCAGAUUGCCUACUGGCUGCAGUGUAGUUGUAACCCCCAGACCAACAACUCAACUUUCACCAUCAUUCAGAGUGGC